UAAAGAUGCGUCGAGAGACCUUCUCCAUCUUCAAUUCACUCGUCGCCGUGCAUCAUCCGCGCGCUUGAAAUAUGCAAGAUUGGAUUAGUGUGCAGCUUAAAUUCUUUUUUUUGUUGUCGUUAAAAUAGGUAGCUAAUCCCACUUGUGUCUCACAUGGUUCUCUGAAAGCUAAGCUAUCGGCCAACUAAAAUCAUCUGCUUCCGCGAUCGUCAGCGUUGAGCUCGAUUUUCUUGACAGAAAAUUGAACACCGACAAGAUGAUUGCGAUCGGGAUGCUCAGUGAACAACACCAAAUGCAGCACAUAAAUACGGACGCGAGGGCGCCGGAUUAAGAAGCUAUUCAAUGCUGCUGCGCUUUCGAUGUAAGAUUUUUCUCAACGCACAACAAAAAUGGGCACGUCUAUAAGACAAUGCCACUACUCAGACUUCUAGUAUCAUGGCAUAUAUCUCAUUUUAUCUAAACAACUGGAGGCUGGGUUUGCUGGAAGACCAGACAUUUCUAGUGAUACCAACAUCAUCCAAGUAGAGAAGGAGCUUCGCAAAGUGCUGGCUUUCGUUUUCGAGACGAUUCCAAGCACCGGGGUGGAAUAGCAAACCUGCAUACGUGCUGCACGAUAUGCCCGUGCGGCUCUUCUAUGGUGGGUGUAUCUGGUCCUCGCUUAUCUCUAAUGUUUUCUCCUAUUGUGUGAUAUCGUGAUGACCGCGGUAUCUCACGGACACGAGAGGUUUUCUCCUGAUAGUAGCUUGUGAAGAAAAUAGGAAUAAUACAUGAUGUCCUCGUUUGCAGUUGAAAUAAAGUGAAUGUGAUAGAAAGUUGAAGUGCGCUGAAAACCCCUUAGAUGUGAUUCAAUUAAGCAGCUCAAAUUUUGGAGUAGAUAAGUUAUAUAAGGCUCACAGACAUGGCAUGCAUGUUUCUGCGCGGUUCAUCUACUGAGGAUACCAGCGAUGGCUUCUUGAGAUUGAUUGAGGGGCUACUAAUAGAAAUUCAAGAAAGUGCAACUGAUGACUAGCGUAGAGCAAAUCCGUCAUUGCAAUAGCCUUGCUGACAGGUAUCCUGUCAUGUCUUCCACAUCUUUCAACUAGAAGUCGCUUAGGGUUAGGUGGUGUCCUAGUAUCACAGUCAUCGUCUAACUGAUCCUUAUGCGAUACCCAUUUCUGCGUGACGAUGUGAGAAGUUGACGUCCUCGGCUCAUCAAGAUUGUUUUACUGUGCUCUCCACUGUUGCAUACGAUGACUUCAGCGCAGUCUGACUCUCUGCAAAAUAGCGACUAUAUCGUAUCUAAACCUAGCUCAUUCAAAAAAAAACUAUCUUGUCAGAGAAUCGAAAGCUCCUCGGAUACAUGGACUUACGAUAUUCCGACAGUGUGUCUUCGUUGCGUGAUGUCUACAUGGACUACAUUUUGCUUCUAUGGAGACCAAUCCAUUAGCUCAAGUCAUAGGGCACAUCAAUGAGGGAGAUUGCGACUGUGGUAUCUUCUACACUUGUUGCAUUGAGACGGCGCACUCCGGAGAGUUGUGAUUUGCUAUGUGCUUGAAUAUAUGCAGAGUUCAGAGUCAGCAAUUACUGACUACCCCUCUAGUAUUCACACAUUUAUAACUGAGGGAGUUUGAAUGACGUCGACGCCCGGUCACCCUAUACGGGUGGAACAACUGACCGGUGGAGUGGGUCGUGUAGAUAUAAACACUACGCUGGAGUCAUGUAUGUAGAACAUUUUGAUGAGUGGCCCAGUGGUUCCUUAUAGUGGAUUUUAUUCUUUAAGUGUAUCAUGUAUAGCGCGAGCAUUGCAAUCCGUCGCGAGUCAUCAUCCAUUUCCAUUACUUCGUGUGGAGUGCGUCUCUUCUCAAAGUCUUAAGCUUGAGUGCCUACGGUUGGAAGGAUACGACGAACUACCCAAAUGAAGAUACAGCUUGCUCUCCCUCUCUGAUUGUUCUUCUAUUUUGAUCUUAAAACCUCCAUCAUGAUACUUAGUAGCAGUUUUUUAUACGAGUAAAAAAUGAGGCGUAUACUUUCAGUCAAUGUCACUAUUUUUCCAUGCCACGGAAGAGUAGAGAGACCUAGUGGCGUUCCUAGAUGAGUCAACAGCUAAAACUGUGGCUGUUCUCUUCGUGACAUUGCUGCACCAUGAAAACCAAAGGCAGUCUCAGCUAGAACGUGGUGUAGCAGCAUUUGAGUAAGGCCGAGAUAGCAUCGCUUCAUGCUCAUCGUGAAAAAUCUGAGUAGACGGUUGCCCUUCGUGGGAAAAUUUAUGACGAGAACGAGCGACAACGACAAGUCUGGCUUUGGCGUGAGCAAUUGAGUACACCACUCUUGUUUGGUGCCAUUAGCUUCUACUCUUGAAAUUUGCCUCAGGUACUUGCUUUUUCUGUCUUCCUAUGACUGAGGUGAGUGUGAUUGAGAUUAUCAAGAUGAUGAUGACCAAGUCCUGUCGUGAGAGCCUGCUUGUCCAUCAACGUCACAGUGAAGGUUUUCGACCCUCAGAGAGUUUUCGGCGUAUCCUCUUAGCUCCCUCAUUUAUUCGUCCUCACAGUGCGCCUGUUCGUGUUCGCGUAGUAUUGUGGAAUUUUGAACCCCGACCCCUUCUUGGUACAGGCCCCACAUCAUGAAUCAAUAUAAUUAUACAAGACAUAUAGUUGAUAGCUCUAAUUGUUCUUCGACUGACACCUCUCGUCUACCCGGAAAGUGCAUUUUUCAAAGUAUGACGCAUUUCGAACAAGUAAAAUUGCUUUGAUUCUGGUGUUGCCAUAUGUCGGAGAAAAAAUGUAACUAAGUGAAAAUGUCACGCAGUAGAACGACUUAAAUAGUAGCAUGAAAACGCCCUAUCUGUUGAGUAUGAAUGUCAAGGUAUAUGUAUUGAGACAAUUUCCAAGUGGGUCUAAAUAGUCAAAAAUGCAGUAUCCUUCAAUAGGCAAGUCGCAGACGCUUGAAAUCAUUCCCUAAACGAUCUUGCCAUGGUAACGUAUCUAGCUAGAAAGCUACAACGUUGUAGAUGAAAGAUAUAUUGAACAAAGUCCAGCAUGCUCCUGCAAAGGAAGUUGUGGGUACAACCCUACUGCACUGAAUGACGCACCGCUUGCAAAAUCAUUUCAAAGCACUUCGCAAUCAUCAUCCACGGCAGGAAAUAAAAUCAGUUUGAGUAACCAAUAGGAAAGCAGCAACAAAUAAUACAACUUACGUGUCAUGAGUCAGAUUCGAAUCCAGACACUCAAUUACCUUCUUCACAGACCUUAACGAUUGGCACCCCUACGAUUUUGUGAGGUCAUAUUCUUGCUCUUAGGCACCCGAUAAAACCGAUUGCGAUUGCUGUUGUUCAGAAAAAAAAAUUAUCUUUCUAACUCGUUUCCCGCUCUUGUUGUAUUUGAUAAGUUUUGCAGUGCACUAAAAUUUACAAACCAUCCGUGAUGUGGACCGUUUUAUCUUCAAAGUCUCUUGUGACAAUCUCUUUAUUAUCGAAACCUCUGCACCUCUCGCUACUCACAGUUCUUAUUCUUCAUUGCUCGUG